CACUCAGUUAAAAUUGUUAAACAGAUACGAAAUCGGACACCCGAGAAGUCCAACUGUUAGAUUAUAAAUUAAAAAAAAAAGAAAGAAAAAAAAGGGAUAUAUACGAACUGCUAAAGACUAAACCAGAGGAUUUAGGGUUUCAUUUUGAUGGCUCUGUUGCUCCCUCUGGCCUAUGGAUUUCGAUUGGCGUUGGUCCCCUCCUCCUUGCAAUUGCGAUUAGAUCGCUUGAACUUCCUCUAAUUAGGGUGAGAUUGUAUGGCGGUACUUCGAGGUGGAUUUUAGGACGCUGUAAACAUUAGGGUUUUCAAUCUGAGUUUUUAGGGUUUAUUACAUUAUUUAUCGGACACCUAAAACUAAUACCAGGAAAUCGGAGCUGGAAGACAAGUAUUGUUGAGAGGAUUUUACUGGUUCUUUAAAAAUGCGAGAAUCGCACAAAUCGAAAAGGGUCUCUUGGGCUUCAGAUGUAAACCUUUGUCAGGUUAAGCUGUUUUUAUGCGAAGAAUCUCCUUCACAAGUUGGAGUAGAUUCUCAAGACCACCUUCAAGCUAAGGCAUUCCUAUCACAUUCAACUGGAGCCAGCUCUGACGAUGUUCUACCUCCAGGCUUUGAAGGAGCUCACUCCGCAAAUUUGUUACAAACCAAAUUGUCUCAAAUUCCUAUUGUUGAAUGGAGAUGUCCUCCAAAGUUUGUAUUAAACUUGGCUUGGUGCGUGGUUGCUGGGGAAGAAAGUCAAGAAGCUAGUAUCCAAAAUCAAAGGGAAAUGAGAGUACUAGAAGCAGUUUAUCCACGCCCAUCUGCCAUUCCGCCAAACUCCUCGGACAUGUUAAACAUAGAUGAUUCUCCUUAUGAUGAUGUGCGAACUCCGUCAAUACCUAUUACGGCUAUUGAAGAUGAAGAUGUAGCCGAUUCAUCAUCCAAACCCAUGAUGCCAUUUAGUUUUCCCAUGAAGACACAGUCUAUGCAACAGUCCAUUGGAGCUCCAUCGUCAUCGCAACAUGGUGCACCGAACAUGGCACAUCCUCCUGACAUGGAGAAGCUAGCGGCAGGAUUGGUUCCCAGCACAGAACCAGGUAUUUUGGCUGCUGCUUUGACUGGACUAGUGAACAACGAGCAGGGGAACUUGAUAGACCAUGAAUUGCUUCUAAAGAUUCUUAGUAACCCGAUGAUGGUUGAGCAAUUAGUCACAGAAUUCGGAACCCCCAACCCCGUCUCACAGAACACGCCCAUUACAAGGUCACCUCCAAUAAACAUAUCAGAACCACUUCCUUCUCAGGUUAAUCGGACACUGUCGAGCAUACCUGUAUCAGCUGCUACAUCAAGUGGAGCUCAUUAUCCCAUUGGGGCUGCCAUGGGACACCUAACAAAUUCACAUUCACGGUUUCCACCCCCUCCGCCGGUUCCAGCUCCCUGUCCACCGUCACAGGUAAAUGCUUCUGCGAAAGACAUAAAUUACUACAAGAGCUUGAUUCAGCAACACGGAGGAGACAGGCAAGAGAAUCUGAACCCUCCACAAUAUGGUAGCCGUUAUAAUCACCAAUCAGCGAUGAGCCAGGAAAUAGUUAACAGCCCUAAACCGAGAGAGUCAAAGCCGAAAAUAAUGAAACCUUGCAUAUAUUUUAAUAGCUCAAGGGGCUGCCGGCAUGGAGCCAAUUGUGCGUAUCAGCAUGAUGUAUCAUACCAGCAGCGUGGUAGUUCCAUGUCAGAGGUGCAGAAUGCAAAGAGAACCAAAUUUGAUAGAGAAAUUAGCAGUUAAAAGUUGUAGUUCCCGUUUGUACAUUUUUCCAUGGGGGAGUCGUGAUUCAGCUUGGAUUUUUCCUCCUUUACCAGCUUUCUUUUUGUUAGCUUAAAAAAAAACGAAAAAAGUUAAAAAUUGCUUAAUUUGUUUACCCUUUCUUGUUUGAAACAGUAUAAAGAUAAUAUUCAGAUCUAUAUUUUCCCAAA